AUGUAUUUUCUCUGUCUUAUCAAUAAAAUAGGCAACCAGGCAUCAGAAGAAAUUAAGGAAAACGAUAUUGAGGAGGUGUGCUUAGGAUCAUCAAUCCUUCUGGUUGAAAGUGGAGAAGAAAAAGGAGAAGGAGAAGAAAAAGGAGAAGAAAGAGAGAAAUCAUGUGCAGAACAAAAUUCAGCUACUGUAAAGCCAGAAGAGGAAUGUGAAUCUUUUGAUUUAUCUUCUGUGUCUUGGGUUUCAAUUUCUCGAAAGAAGCGAAAACCACAGAAAAAGAGAACAUCUGCUUUAUUUGAAGAAAAUCGGGAAGCUCAGCAGCAUAACAGGAGAAAAAAUAAAAGGGAAUUGGAGAAAACAGUUAUGCCAAUUCCAGUGCAGGAACUAAAUACAAUAUUAUAUGAUGUUGGUGAAACAAGUUUUGAUGGAUUUCAAAAUGCUUCAAGAAUUAAUCAAGUAAUGGCUGUGGAGAAUGAUAAAUCACAAUUGGUUAGGUCUUUUGUUACCUCCCAUGAAACAAGGAUGCAAAUGCAUUCUAAAAAUAAAUAUAAAGAUUUAGCAGGAAUACAUGACAGAACUUACCCAAUAAGUAGAAACCAAGCAAAAGACCAUAUACCUUUACUAGAAGCAGAGCAAAAGUCAUCAGUCCAGAUACAACCUGUAAAAAAAGCAAAACAAAGCUCAUCACAGAAUAAGUUGACCACACAGACAAAAGUGCAAGAUGAAAAACAAGAGAGUAGUGUUUUGGCUCUACCAUCAAAGGACUGCACACAAUCUAAGAAUACAGAUAUUUAUUCUGACAAUUCAGUUUCUAUGCCAUGCUUUGUUCCUGUAGCUCAUAAUACACUGGAUAAAAAGUUACAGUUACCAUUCAAAAAACAAUCAGGGACUCAAAAGAAAAAGAAAAGAUCCGCUGUUGUACGUAUGAGGAACAAGAACAGGCAAUUUGUUUCAAAGGGGAGCCUUGAAGAUGGUCAUGGAGAGGAACAGUUAGAUAAAAAGAAGAUUCUUCAUCCUUUUAAGCUAAGAGUUGAGUUAAAGAGAGCAAAACCUCAAAAAGUAAAAGAGACUUCUUUGCCAAAGUCUCAGAAUAAUGUAUUAUAUCAAGAAGAUUCUUGUGAGCAGCAUGUGACAAAAAAACAUUUAAAUGUUUCAGUAACACCACAAAACAAUGAAGAAUUAUCACAGUAAGUUAUGAUUGUACAAUUAUGUUUUAAUACUGCUUUUUCUUAAUGCAAUGCAAUUUUGUACAUUGGGAUCAUUGAUCAGCUUUGAGCAAAGCCAUUAAUACUCAGCUCAAGUGGUUAGACCUCUUCUGAGGUACAGAUUGGGACUUCGAUAAUUCCCUGAGUA